AUGAGCACCCCGCCCUACAUCGACCCCUCCGAGGGGCGCACCACGCGCUCGUCCGCGCGCGGGCCCAAGAUCCAGCCGAAGCUCAAGCUCAAGCUGAGCGAGAAGGCCGCCGCGCAGGCCCCGGGCAUGUCCUUCCUCGGCCCGUACGACCGCGAGCUCGACUCGGACGAGGAGGAGCUCGUGUUUGAGGAGCAGUUUAUUCUGCGCAUGCCGGCGGGGGACGACUGCGACCGGUUGCGGAAGAUGGUGCAGGCGCGCGAAAUCAGCGAUGAUGUGUGGUUCAAGUUCAAGGAUUCUCGGAGAGCGGUGUUUCACAUUGGGAACAACACAUACUCCUCGAAACUUGUGGACUUGCCAUGUAUAAUCGAGUCGCAGAAGACCCUGGACAACAAGCAGAUGUUUAAGGUGGCGGACAUUUGCCAGAUGCUGGUCGUCGAAGACAAGAUAGCCGGCGAGGAGUCGCUUUCAAAUCAGAAGAGCUUCAAUAUUGACGAGUUCAUCUGGCCACACGGCAUUACACCCCCACUCAAGCACGUCCGACAACGAAGGUUCCGGAAACGUGUGAACCGUAGAACGAUCGAGACAGUCGAGCAGGAGGUCGAACGGUUACUCGAAGAGGACGCGCUCGCGUCCGAAGUCAAAUACGACGUGCUGGAGAACGUCAACCCAGACCUGUCCGACUCCGAGCUCAUCGAGCACGAGAACGUGCUGGACCCCACCACGCCCGGCUUCGCAGGCUCCGACGGCGAGGGUGCGCCGACCCCAGGCGGCACGCUCGCCGAGGGCGACGACGACGGGGGCGACGACGGCCGCGGGGGGCUCGCGCGCGACGAGGACGACGAGGCGGAGGGCGACAUCGACGAAGAGCUCGCGGCGGAGCUGGAUCUCGCGCUCGGGGACGACGAGGACGACGAAGAAGAUGACGAAGACGACGAGGACGACGAGAGCGACGACGAUGACGAUGAGGACGAGGACGACGAGGACGCGGUGCAGGCGCGGCGGCUGCUCAACGAGGAGAUCCACGAUCUGGAGGCGGCGGUGGCCAAGAAGCGCACCGAGAUUGCGAGCUCGGCGAACCCGCUCAUCAAGCGCCGCUUCGACGACGCCUUGAAGAAGCUGCAGGCGGACUUGGACAUGAAGAUGGCGCAGCGCGACGAGAUGAAGGAGCAGCAGCGCCUCCGGAAGGAGGGCAUCAUUCCUGGUGGCGCUGGUGGUGGCGGCCAGGAUGCGGACGACGAUGAUGCCGAGGAGGACGAGGACGAAGGCGACCUCUUUGGUGAAGAUCCCGGGAACGCGAUGGAGAUCGGUUGA